AGACGAUGCGAAAAUGGCGGCUCGAUGUUUGAGAUUGCAUCGACCUUUGUCAGCUUUUAAGAGUUUUAAUAUUUCUGCAUCAGUAAAUGCCUCACUUUAUUGUAAAAAAAUUCACACUCAAAAUAUAAAUCAUGGUGCGUUGCAAAUAGGUUAUAAUCAAUGCAUUAAAAUCAUAAUUUUACACAUUUUUCCAACUGAUCAGCAACAACGAAAAUUAAAAUGCCAUCUCUGUCUCCCACAAUGGAAACUGGAACGAUUGUUAGGUGGUUAAAGAAAGAAGGAGACGCUAUUCAAGCUGGAGAUGCUAUUUGCGAAAUACAGACCGAUAAAGCAGUCGUUUCUUUUGAUUUAGAGGAUGAAGGCAUAUUAGCAAAGAUUAUUAAAGAGGAAAAUGCUAAAGAUAUCAAAGUUGGAACUCUAAUCGGUCUAGUUGUAGAUGAGGGAGAUGAUUGGCAAAAUGUUGAAAUUCCUAAAGAUGCCACAACAGAAGAGAUAAAACCUACUGCAGAGUCUAAUCAAUCCAAAAAAGAGCAAACUGGUCCACAAAAAUCGAACAAUAGAAAUAUGCCAAUCGGUCCGGCUGUUCGAUUAAUUUUAGAAGCAUAUGGACUAGAUGCUAAUAAUAUAGCCGGUACCGGACAUAACGGAAUGGUUCUGAAAGGAGAUGUUUUGGAUUAUAUAAAUAAUAAGAAUUUAAAGCCUCAAUCAAAAACUGAAAAGAAAAAUUUAAAGCCUACGAAAAAGGCUACUCCGGUUACAACACCUUCUCAGACGGGAGACUAUGUAGAUAUUCCUCUCACAAAUAUGCGUAGAACUAUUGCUAAGCGUCUUACAGAAUCGAAAAGUUCUAUUCCUCAUAGCUAUGCUAUUGCCGAUUGCAAUAUGACUUCUCUACUUCGUUUGAGGCAGGAACUAAAAGCGGAGGGCAUUAAAGUGUCAGUUAAUGAUCUUAUCAUUAAGGCAACAGCAUUCGCUCUUGGAACUGUACCUGAGUUGAAUGCCCAUUAUUUAGGUGAUGAUCAAGGCGUUAGAGUCUUUAGGAGUAUUGAUAUUUCAGUUGCCGUAUCAACCGCUGAAGGCUUGAUUACCCCAAUUGUAUUUAACGCAUCGACACUAAACGUCAAACAAGUAUCAGAAACUGUAAAUAGUUUAGCUCAUAAAGCGAGAGAUGGGAAGCUACAACUUCAUGAAUUUCAAGGGGGCACCUUUACCAUUUCUAAUCUCGGAAUGUUCGGAAUUGAUUUCUUUUCAGCCGUUAUUAAUCCCCCACAAGUUGGAAUUUUAGCCUUAGGGGGAUCAAGAAAAGUUUUUCAAGAAGACGAAACAACAAUUAAUUCAAUGAUGAGUCAACUCUCAUACGAUAACAGAGCUGUUAGCGACGAUAUUGCUCAGAGUUUCAUGCAAGCCUUUCAAACUGCCAUAGAAAAACCAGCUCUUCUUAUGGUUGAACCAACUUCGAAAAAAGUAUUAUUUGCUUAA